UACCCAUUUAUUUCUAUCUCUACCUGCGCUUUCUGCGGUCUGCACUGUGAGCGUAAGCACCCGCACCCGCACCCACGCCCCCAUCAGGCAUCAAUCAAAGCUUCCAGCCACCUCCAAUUCAUUAAAACCCCCCAUCGCACGGCAUCCCACCUUUUGCUGUACAAAACCCAGCAAAAAAUAAUGAGAGGCCACCGCUGUACAGCGUCCUCCCGGGUGGAGACUGAAAGCGAUACUGAUUCCGAUUCCGAAACGAUGAGGUGCAUUUCUUGUAAGGAGUACUACGGUAGAUGCGAUGCUGGAACUUGCAAAGAGUGUUAUGAGGAAGCAAGCGAGACUGAAGAAGAGCUUAAAAGAGAGAUCGAUGAUCUCAAAGCUAAAGUUGCCUUCUUGCGUUUCUGGUCUCCUCUCGAUCACCACAUCACUCACCGCUCCUCUGCUGGCCCUUGUUUCACUGAUGUCGUUUUGGUUGCUUCCUCCGAUGAUGGACUUACCGGGACUGCGCCAUCUGUCCCAGUCCCUGCUCAUAAGGCCGUUUUGGUGAGCCGUUCCCCAGUCUUCAAGGCAAUGCUUGAGAACGAGAUGGAAGAAAGCCGGAGUGGUACCAUCAAGAUUAGUGAUGUAUCAUAUGAUGCACUUCGUACAUUUGUCAACUAUUUUUACACUGCUGAAGCGUGCCUUGAUGAGCAGAUGGCCUAUGAUCUUUUAAUAUUGGCCGAAAAAUAUCAGGUGAAGCAUCUCAAGUCUUAUUGUGAGAAGUUUUUGGUGUCAAAACUAAACUGGGAAAACUCAGUCGUGAGCUAUGCCUUUGCCCAUCAGCAUAAUGCAAAGCAUAUGCUUGAAGCAGCGUUGUUAUUGAUCAUUGACAACAUGGAUAAACUUACCAAGCGGGAGGAGUACAUGGAGCUUGUGGAAAAGGAUCCCCGGCUUGUCGUGGAGAUUUAUGAAGCAUACCUGUCCAAACAGAUUAAUACAGCUGCGCACAAGGAUUCCUCUUCCACGAAGCCAUAGGCAAAUCUGAAACAAGGAUCAUUUUUGUUUAUGGCUCAUGGAUUGUUGAUGUAAAGAUGUACUUCUUUAUCCCGGUAAAGUUUUCGCUAGUGUAAACACUGUUGGGCAUUUAUGAAGGAUAUGUAAGGGCGUGUGGAAUGACAGCUUUGGUCAGUCAUGGUAACUAGACCAAUUAAUGAUACUGUUUGAUUAGAUUAUGAAAAUGGUUUUACGA